GCCUCCUGAUCACGUGGUGUACAGCCGUUGUUGUCUCCUAAGUGUUGACUCUCCCUAUGGAGACCGAGUUGGAAAUAACGGGUCUAAAAUUUUGAUACUGGCAUUUAUAUUAUAAUUACAUCAUCUGUCAGGCUUGAAGAUGGCCUUUCUGUUUCAUUACACGUUCGGUCUCAGCUGCUUACGAAAGUGAAUGACAAAAUGAUUCUUAACAAAACAAUAAGCCCUACAAGGACAGUUUUUCUUUUCACCGGAUAGCAACUUGAGCAACAGCGUUAACUCGAGGUCAACAUUUUGAGCAGUAAAAGAAGGCAUCCUGAAAACUAAUGCAUACUACAGCAUUGGUCUUGAUAUCUGAACAACCAGCGUUUCAUUGACUAGUUCACCUUUUUAGCAGAUUAUAAUUUGCAGCGACCUUGUGGAAAAUGUUUAGACAAGGAGAGGUUGCAAAGCGCUGGCUUAAUAUGCAUAUUGCUCCUCAUGUUCGAAGUGUGGAUGUAGCUCGAGGAAGAACAGGCUAUGGUUUUACCUUAUCUGGACAAGCUCCUUGUGUUCUGAGCUGCAUUGUGAAAGGAAGUCCUGCAGAUUUUGUUGGGCUUCGAGUUGGAGACCAAAUUUUGUGUGUUAAUGACAUUAAUGUCUCUAAAGCCUCUCAUGAAGAUGUGGUCAAGUUAAUUGGACAGUGCACUGGUGUCUUGCAUAUGAUUAUUUCUGAAGGGAGUAGUCAUUUAGACUCUUGCUCCAGUGAUGAAGAACUUGGGUUUUGUGAAGGGAAAGGCUGGCUAAAAUCUAAGCUUGAUUCUAAAGCUUUAGGUAUUAACAGAGCAGAAAGAGUUGUUCAAGAGAUGCAGUCUGGUAGAAUAUUUAACAUGAUGUUUGAGAACCCAGCCUCUUCUGGUGUUUCCACAAAACCCACUUCAAAGCACAGGUCAUGUUCUGAACCAGCCUUUAAUAGCAAUGUCAGACAUGAAAGUGUGAAAAGCAGCCCUGAUUUACUGUCUGAAGAAGAACUGUCUAGAGUUCUGAAUGAGGAUUGUGUAUUUGAAGAUGCAUUGGAAACCCAAGAAGACUUUGGCUUAGAUGCAAGUAUUCUGAACGUUGGCAUGAUAGUAGGAUAUUUAGGUUCUAUAGAAUUGCCCUCCACAAGCUCUAAUCUUGAAAACGAUAGCUUGCAGGCAAUCCGGGGCUGCAUGAGGCGUUUGAGAGCUGAGCAGAAAAUCCAUUCUCUGGUGAUGAUGAAGAUUAUGCAUGAUUGUAUUGAGCUUGGCAAUGAUAGAAACGUUGUUGUAGCUAAGUAUCCUGCUGAGAAACUGGCAUUUAGUGCUGUUUGUCCUGAUGACAGAAGGUUUUUUGGUCUGGUAACCAUGCAGUCCAGUGAUGAUGUGAGUCUGUCACAGGAUGAAGGGGUUUUAAGGACCUCAUGCCAUGUUUUUAUGGUGGACCCAGAACUAUUUAAUCAUAAAAUUCACCAAGGUAUUGCAAGGCGGUUUAAUUUUGAAUGUACCCCUGAUCCAGACACAAAUGGUUGUUUGGAGUUUCCACUUUCUUCUCAGCCUGUCCUUCAGUUUGUUUCUGUUCUAUAUAGAGAUAUGGGCGAACCUAUUGAAGGAAUGAGGGCUAGAGCCUUUAUGGAGGGAGAUGCAGAUGCUCAACAGAACAACAGUAUAAGCAGUAACAGUGACAGUGGAAUUGGGAAUUUUCAUCUAGAAGAAAAAAGCAGUAGAGUUUUGGUUGUUGAUCUAGGAACCAAUCCAAGCAGGCAUGUACCUAACAGUAUAUGGGAAAAUGCUGUGGGAAGAUGUCCUGGACAGAUUAAUUCACAUCGAAAUGGUUACCGUCCUGAUCAAGAAGCAAAAUCAUUAGUAAGUGAUAAAGUUCAUGAUGCUUCCCAAAACAGUAAUCGAAAUCUAGGUCCUUCUGCUCGAAUUGAAGUCCCUCUAGUUUCUUCACGCUCAUUGUUGCCUCAAGGGAAAAAAGCCUCAACAUUGGGUGCCUGUUAUCGUGGUGGUCAAAGCUGGUUGCCAGUUCAUGUUCUUCAGGGUUGGCAGCAUGGUAACACUAGUGACCAAGAAUCAUAUGCUGAAUCCACAGAUGGGUGGUCAAGUAUUAACUGUGGUACACUUCCUCCCCCAAUGAGUAAGAUUCCAGCAGAUAGGUACAGAGUUGAUGGAAACCUUGCACAGCCUGCUCAACUUAUUUCCCAAAAAGAUGAAUGGCGUAAGAAGUUCUUGGGUGGAGAGAAAGUCUUCACAACUCCCCAAACUGGAAACAGAAACAAAGAAACUAAAAAGAGCAUGAAAUUUCCAGGACUCUCCCUUGGGCUUUCACAGAUCACUCAGCGUUCUUCAUUUCGGAGACCAAGUGGAAAACCUAAGCGUUUUAGUAUAAGCCGUUCUCUGGAUGACUUGGAGGUGAAUAUGAUAAUACUGACUGCUUCUAAUAAAUUUGUUAUACUUUGA